AUGUCCUUCAAGAGCAUCUCUAGGAUAAGUUGCACGAGACCCUUCCUCCUCCUCCUCCUCUUCCCCCUCAUCAAUCUCGUAGCUCCUACCCAUGGAGCCAAGCUGUGGAAGCUGCCACUUACAAAUCCCCUUCAAUGGCUUCGCCCGGGCGGGGACACGCGCCACUUACAGGCCACAGUGCGGGCCCUUGAGUCCGAGCUGAGUCGUCUCCGAACCUUGCAUACGGCACAUUUAGACGAACUGCGGCGUCUGCGAGCCAAGCGUGCGGAGGACUUCGCGCGAUUUCGGGAGGCCGGGAAGCAGCAAGCGGCCGAGAACGAGAGGGUGCGAGAAGCAGCAGUGCAGGCCUUGGCGCGGGCGCAGGAGAAGGAGGACCGGAUAGAAGAGGAACUGGAGAGGGAAAGGAAGAGGUGGAGGACGGAGGCGGAGACGGCGAUAGGGCAGGCGGUGAGGGAGGCUGUGGAGGAAGAAAGACGGAAGGGGAAAGAAGUGGUAGGGAGGUUGGAAAGCGCCUUGGCGGCCGCACGUGCGGCGGGUGCGAACGAAGAGGAGGAAAGGGAGAAGGAAGAUGAAGGAUUGCGAGCCUUGCAGGAAGCCUUCGAGAAGGAACGGAGGCAGUUUAAGAAACGCUUAGGCGCAGAAAGAGAGUUGGUGGAGGUGACUCUGGCCAGGGAGGAGAAGCUGCAGCAAGUUAUUCUCAAAUUAGAGGCCAGCAACCACGCACUCAAGGCGGAGGUGGGCCAAUUGACGGAGGGGAAGGAGGGGAAGGAGGUGAAGGUACCCAUCGAGAGCAGGGACCAGGUGCUGACCGACAGACCUGCGGCGACAGUAAGCGAGACCCGGGCACCAAGUGCGACCUCCCCACCCGUCCCGGCGCCUCCUCAAAGCCCGGUGACAGCAGGGCGGAUUAAAACAUCCAAUACAAAGAUGGUAGAGGAAUGUGGAAGCGCUUCCGCCCCCCCGGCAUCGGUAUCGUCCACGGUGGCGGAUCCAAGCUUGCCCUCUCCCAACACCAGCAGCAGCCACAGCAGCAGCAAGAGCAAGAGCAGCCCGUCGGGGGCCAGGAAAUUAAAAAACAUUGGAAAGCCCAAAGCUUCUGUCAGGAAAGCAACAACGAAACCUGGCUUGGGAGCAGGGAAGAUGGAGACGGCCCCAGCGAAGAAAAAGAAAGCGACAACCUCCCGCCCCUCGUCUUCCUCCGCGUCCUCCCUCCCUGCCUCCUCAGGGUCAGGACGAGCCUCCGCCGCUCGACCGGGGCGCCAGCCCGUUACUCCCACGCUCAAGAAAGGGGGUCUGGGCGCUCCCCACAAAUAAGGAGGGCAGGAGGGCAGGAGGGAUGGGAAGGAACGGGGGGAAAGCACGAGAAAGGCGGGGUUCGCGGCGGGGAAAGCGAUGCGAUAGGGAAAGGGCUAGACGAGGGACCUUCGCUAUCGGCGAGGAGUCCGAUGGGCAGGAAAGGGGACGCGAG